AUCUCAGAGCAGAAAUAUGUUUUCGGCCUCGGUGGAUGACAGCUGAAGCUCUUAUUUUGAAAACGAACGUUUCGUUUGGUAAACAUAAACAAAGCUGCUCCAUUGCUCGACUGAACUAUGUCAGCCCAGGCUGCUGGCUGCCGUGGCUGGAAGAUGCUGUAUGGUGUCACCCGGCCCACCAUCCACAUUAGAUGUGUCAGUAGCACUGAAGCAGGCUCCAGACCAUCUGAGGAUGAGCAACUCUGGGAAACGGCGUCGCCUCUGCCCUUUUCUGCAGCCAGGCUGGGAUCUUUCUUUCAGGACAGACCUGUACUCAAGAACCCUUUUCUGGAGGAUGCCUUAUUGAGGGGUUACUUGAGGAGACACCUUCCUCAAGAGGCAGUGUUCUCAGACUUACUUGCCUUUGGCAAUCGUGUGUCGGCAGAGGUGGACGGCUGGGGCAGAGAGUGUGAGGUUACUCCUCCGCGGUUGGUGCACUUUGACCCUUGGGGACGCAGAGUGGAUCACAUCUUGACUUCUCCAGCAUGGAAACGCAUGAAAGAGCUGUCUGCGCAGGAGGGAUUGGUUGCCAUCGCUUAUGAGAGGCCAAUGGGAGAGUGGAGCCGGGUUUAUCAGAUGUGCAAGUUGUACAUCUUCUCCCCUUCCUCUGGCCUUUACACUUGCCCCCUGGCCAUGACUGAUGGGGCUGCCAAAGUCAUUCAGUCCACAGGCGUUUCUUGGCCUGUAGAAGCAGCCUACAAUCGACUGACCAGCCGUCAGCCUGAGCAUUUCUGGACAUCGGGACAGUGGAUGACAGAAAGACAAGGAGGCUCAGAUGUAGGAGGUGGCACAGCAACAAUGGCUGUUCCGCAAAGUGAUGGCUGGUAUAAACUUUAUGGCUUCAAAUGGUUCACCUCUGCCACUGACGCAGACAUGACUCUCACACUGGCCAGAGUGUGUGACAGAUCAGGAGCGACCAUACCGGGCAGCCGAGGUUUGUCUCUGUUCUACGCAGAGGUGAGUCGAGACCAUGACGGCUGUCUGAGAGGGAUUGAGGUUCAAAGACUGAAGGACAAGCUGGGCACCAGACAGAUGCCCACAGCUGAGUUACUGCUGGACGGCCUCCCGGCACACAGGCUGUCAGAAGAAGGAAGAGGCGUGGCCUCCAUAGCAAACAUGCUAACGAUAACCAGGAUCCACAACAGCAUCGCUGCAGCAGCAUCUAUGAGAAGGGUGGUCCAGUUAGCGCGUGACUAUGCCACCCGCCGCACUGCUUUCGGAAAGCUUCUUAAAGAGCACCCGCUUCACAUGCAGACCCUUGCCAGGAUGGAGGUGGAGACCCGUGGAGCUUUCCUCCUGGCGAUGGAUGUCUGUCGCCUUUUGGGACGAGAGGAAAGUGCCAUCGCCAGCCAGUUUGAUACGCACCUCCUACGUCUGCUCACACCUGUUGUCAAACUCUACACGGGAAAACAGACGGUCGCUGUGGUGUCAGAGGGUUUGGAGAGCUUUGGCGGGCAGGGCUACAUGGAGGACACCGGGCUGCCGGGACUACUUCGAGAUGCACAGGUGCUGAGCAUUUGGGAAGGCACAACAAAUGUUCUGUCCCUGGACGUGCUGCGCUGUGUUCAUCGGAGCUCCGGGAUGGUUCUUCAUGCUUAUUUCACUCAUGCCAAAUCCCUGCUUGCAGGAGCUUCAAGUGUGUCCUCUCUGGACCCAGCUGUGAGAGCAGUGGAUGGGGCGCUCUCUGAAUUAAAAGGUUUUGUCCAGGAGGCAGCCACCAAAGCGCCAGGCUAUCUAGAACUAGCAGCCAGAGACUUGGCAUACAGCUUGGCUCGCAUCUAUGCGGGUGCCCUUCUUAUUGACCAUGCAAGUUGGAAAGGAUCGUCUCCAGCUGACAUCUAUGCAGCUCUCAGGUGGUGUGAACAAGACUUGUGCAUCGUGGCAAGCAAUAAGAUGAGAGGAUGCUAUGAUGGCAACUGUCCAGGACUUGAUUCAGCACUUGUGUAUGAGCAGCCAACGGAGGGCAAAAACUGAUGCAUACUGACCUUCUAAUGUUUAUAGUCUUACCAUAUCAUAUGUUUAUUUUCUAUGCCAGUUAUUCAGCAAAUGAAAUCCACAUUGAAUUGCACGGCCAACGGAACUAAUUGCACUAUUUGUCAAGCAAUUACGGUAAAUAAUAUUACAGACAUAAUGAUACAGUAUAACAUAAUGGCAUUUCACUUUGUCUCCUUUAAAGUUUGUGCGGAGAUUUAAACAUUCAGGAGUUUGUAAAGUUUGGACCACCUUGGUUGGUUGAUGAUACAGUUCAAAAGCCUUGGUGCCUUCAAAAAUAAUUAAAGCGUGGGAAUAUUAUCCAUCAAUCUAUCAGUUUUCUACACCGCUUGUCCUGGGAAUAUUAUAAUAAAAACUAUAAAUAAAAUGUGCAAACAACAAUCAGAAAAUAAAAAUAUUUGACAAAUGUAA